AAAGGAGCAGAGCUCGAUGGAAGAGACACUGUUGUGUUAAUGACGUUAAAGUAAGAAAGGAUGUAAGUCAAAUUGAUAGUAGAAUGGCACUUUAUCCCACAUGGUUCUCUGAGGGAUGGCAACUUUCCACCACCAGCAUCAUCACUAUUUGAGCGUGGACUUGCGGCAGCUCUUCCAUCGGCUCACAAUCGCGUCCUCUCUGAGCAUCCUCUGCUUCUCCUUGGUUUAUCUCCUCACCGGAUGCUAUGAGUCAGAGUUGACAGAAAACUCUGGGAUUAAGGCACCCACACACAAGUUUCUUGUGUCAGGGUCAGGAUGGCCGUACGAGAGAAACCGAGCAAGCAUUGUCAAGGACAUUGCUACCACUGCUAGCAAAGGGGAGUUCAACGGUCGUCCCGGGUUGGAGGCGAACAGCUCAGGGAAAGAAUUGACAGCUACUAGAAGGUUACCGCAGGCUCUGAUCAUAGGGGUUAAAAAGGGAGGCACUCGGGCUCUACUAGAGUUUCUGCGGCUCCAUCCGGACGUGCGUGCCGUGGGUUCGGAGCCGCACUUCUUCGACCGGCAUUACUCACGGGGGCUAGACUGGUACAGAAGUAUGAUGCCCAAAGCCCUAGACGGUCAGAUUGUUAUGGAGAAGACGCCUCGUUACUUUGUUACCUAUGAAACGCCAGCACGAGUCCAUGCCAUGUCACGGGAUGUAAAACUGAUUGUGGUCGUCCGUGAUCCCGUGUCCAGAGCCAUUUCCGACUACACACAGAUCAUCUCCAAGACCCCCGACAUCGCUCCCUUUGAGAGCUUGGCCUUCAAGAACUGCACUACAGGUCAGAUUGACUCUCUGUGGAGCCCACUCUGGAUUGGCCUGUACGCCCAGCACCUGGAGCACUGGUUGUCUUGGUUUCCGAAGACUCAAAUCCAUCUUGUCAGCGGUGAAAGGCUCAUAUCUGACCCAGCACAAGAACUGGGAAAGGUCCAGGACUUUCUGGGGGUCGAGAAGAUUGUCACAGACAAACACUUCUACUUCAAUAAAACAAAAGGCUUCCCCUGCCUGAAGAAGCCAGAGGGGAGCAGUAAACCUCACUGCCUGGGGAAAACAAAGGGGAGGACUCAUGCCUCCAUCAACGCUGAGGCAAUGCAGAGACUGAGGGUUUUCUACAAGCCGUAUAACCAGCGAUUCUAUCAGAUGGUGGGCCAGGACUUUGGAUGGCAGUGAUGCUGUAAUUGUGCCGAAACUGGAACUUCAUUAUGAAGUGCAGAUGAUUUUAAGAACAGAGUCAGCAGUGGGAAUUUCAGUUGAGAAAAAUCUAUAAUAUCCAUUCAUAUUGUUCAAUGGUUUGAAAGACAGCAGGGCUAUUUUAUUUAUAAAUAUAAAAUAUGGACUUUAAUGGUAUUGUUUGUUUGCUCUACGGUAGCGGAGAAGGCUGUUGCGCGAGGAGUGGGCCACCUAUGCGAGCCUUGAAAGGGUGGGGCUGUUCGUUGAGAAAGUGCGAACGAUACCUCGGAAAAUGAUGGUGCCGCACCCCUUGACAAUUUGGGUUCAUGAUUAAGUUGUGCUGGUGGGUCCCGCAGCCAGACAAGAUGAGAAACACUGCUCUAGAUAGUAGGCUGUAUUUGCAGAAUAAAACCAGACUUUCCUGUUUCAGAAAUUAUAACAUUGUAUUACUUGGUUCUUAACUCUCACUUCGUAAGAAUGUGAGGGUAAUUGUUAAUCCCUUAAAUCACUAAUUAUAUUUCAUUAGUAUUUCAGUCCUCUUCUGAGUUUUACAUAGGUUUCUAUGUAGUGAGCUAGAGGGCAGCUUUGGAAUGUUCCGGAAAUUUAGAGUGAGGGAAGCAUCAGAUUUCAGUAAAAAAAAGAGGCACUUUGGCCCUCACGGCUACAAUAUUCACUUUUCAGGCUUCAUUUUUGGAUCAAAACCAUGCCGUGCUUGUGCUGGUUGGACUCAUAUGGGUAUGGAAUUCCACAGUUACUUACUUUUGUCCUGAGGAGCCCGAGAGUGAGACAAAGUCUGUCUCAAGCCCCGUAGGCUCCAAUAUAAACCUGGUGACAUAUUUUUAAGAAAAACCAGAAGGUACACGUUGAUUUUUACUCUCAAUACUAUUAUUUAUAUUGCUAUUAAUACUACAACUACUACUGAUGUUACUACAAAUACUAAUAUGACUAAUAGUAUUAGUACUACAGCUGAUUAUACUAGCAGAGACGCCUCAACGGGGCAGGCAACCCAGGCAAUAGCCUAGGGCCCCGAGCUGAAGGACUUCCCAAGGGACGGCUGACGUCAAUGACAAAAUAAUGACACUGCUCUAGACCAGUGUUUCUCAACUGGUGGGUCGCGACCCCCCCCAACGCGGAAGCACC